AUGCACUCCCACCACUCCCAUAGCGGAGACUAUGUCUCUCAUGCCACCGACACGCUUGAGUCAAUCACCACCAAGGCCACUGCCAUGGGUUUCCACACCUACUGUCUCACUGAACACAUGCCAAGGCUCCACAGCAAGCACUUGUAUCCGGAAGAAGAAGAGAAGAACUAUACGAUCCGGAACCUUGCAGAAAAUUAUGCCAACUUCCACAAGCAUUCCCAGGCUAUAAGAACCCGAUCGCUCUCUUCCCCCACAAAGUUCUUAGUGGGGUUCGAAGUAGAAGGGAUCGACUUGGAGCACGUGGAAUAUGCCCAGAAGUUGCGUGAGCAGUACCCAGUGGAUAUGGUUGUCGGGUCUGUACACUACGUCUCCAGCAUCCCUAUCGACUUUGACUUGAAGAUGUGGAAGGAGGCGAGGGCGGCCAAUGGGGGGUCCACCAGAAAGCUCUACAAGGCCUACUUCGACUUGCAGUACGAGAUCUUGGUCAGAUUAAAACCGGAAGUGGUGGGCCACUUUGACUUGAUCCGCUUGCUUACUCCAGGCGAAGAGUUUGACACCGAAACUGAGAAAUUGCUCAAAGAUAUCAGUCUCGAGAGAGAUUGGCCAGACGUGUGGGAAGCCGUGUUGAGAAACAUUGAUUUCAUUGUGUUUUACGGAGGUUUGGUGGAGUUUAACGCUUCUGCCAUUAGAAAGGGCUGGGCCACUCCGUAUCCACAGGAAGAUAUUACCAGGGCUAUUAUCGACGCUGGUGGCCACUUCUGUCUCUCGGACGAUGCCCACGCGGUGUCCCAGGUGGGUUUAAAUUACAAAGUGGUGUUGAACUAUAUUGACACCGUGGGGAUGAAGAAUGUUAAAUAUUUAGACUUGACACCGGAGGGUAAGGUUGUCACCAAGGAGGUUUCCCUAGAAGUGAUGAAGAAAAGCCGGUUCUGGGAACAGUACGACUAG